AUGAAACCCAUUCGGAUCCGCAGCGACAACAACUUUCACUGGCUGAUUGGAGACGAUGUUGAUACGACUGCGAAUACUUCCAACGAGCACACCUACGACCGGAUUGUUGUGUAUGGGAAAGACAUGUUGGCGGCCAUUGUCCCAAACUCAGCCAAGACGUUUAACUUUCACAAAGAGUUUGGGAUGACUGAAGAAAAGGCUUUGAAAGUCAGCGAUCACUAUCCGGUUGAGGUUGAGAUACAAAGCUCGAUGCUGCCUCAGGAAACAGAGAAAUGCAGUUCAUCCAGAGAAGCAUUACAGGUGGAGGUGUUACAACUACAAAAAGAAAACCUACUACUGGAGCGAGAGAAAAUCCAACUCCAGAUCCUUCCCCAGGACUCCGACACAGAUCCCCGUCAGCUCCCGUCUGCUCUGCCCGCGAAGAGAAGCCCUGUGCGGUCACCCUCCAGCCCUCGGCCCCGUAUACAUGCAUCUCAGGCCGCCGCGGAAGCUAUGGAUGUGCACGAACUGUUUGCAAGCUGCAAAAAGGGCGACAUUUACAGAGUCAGGUAUCUGGUGGAACACAGAGACGUUGAGCUUAAUGUAAGAGAUAAGUGGGACAGCACGCCGUUAUACUAUGCCUGUCUCUGUGGCCACGAAGAGCUCGUCCAGUACUUGCUAGCGAAUGGUGCUAAGUGUGAGGCUAACACUUUUGAAGGAGAGCGGUGCAUGUACGGCUCAUUGAGCGACCAGAUCCGGCGUUUGUUAAAAGAGUAUAACUGCAUUAACACAUGUCCACUGCAGCAGCAGGACGCCUUCAGCCACUUCCUCUACACUUUGAUGGAACAAGGACAUCACAGUGACGUCAACUUUCUGGUUCAUGGACAAACGUUUCAGGCUCACCGCUGUGUCCUCAGCGCUCGCUCUGAGUACUUCUCUGAAAUGUUCCUUUCUAAAUGGAAAGAAAAAACUCUCAUUACAUUAAAACACCCUUUGAUUAAUCCAUCUGCUUUUGGAGCCAUCUUGCAAUAUAUUUAUACAGGGCGAAUGGAUAUUGACAUAAGUUUCCUGGAGGACUGCACGCGGCUCGCCAAACAGUGCAAAAUGUCUGCUCUGAUUGAAGAGCUGGAGAAUAAGUGUAAACAGGUUUAUAGUUUUGUGUCCAACAAACCUGGCAUUUGUGUGAAAGUCCUGAGUCUGGAGCCACAGAACUGCAGACUGCAGGAUGAGUUGGCCCAGUUAGCCGACUGUGCACUUCCAGCAGAGUUAAAGCUUGGAUUUGGAGAGCUUCCCUUCAACAAAACAUCACAUCUUUCAACGUAUCCUGACAUAUGCUUUUCAGUAGAUGGUUACAACUUCUUGUGCCAUAAGGCGUUUUUCUGUGGACGCAGUGACUAUUUCAGGGCCUUAAUUAAAGACCACUUUUGUGAAGGUGGUCAGCUGCAGACUCAGCCCAACACUCCAGUCAUCACUCUGCACAAUAUCUCACACGAAAUCUUCAGCCACGUGUUGUUUUACAUCUACAGCGACGACACUGCGCUGACGAUGGAGUGUGUGUUUGACGUGUUGUGUGUGGCCGAUAUGUAUCUGCUGCCGGGACUGAAGCGUCUCUGUGGAAGAACUCUGGGUCAAGCUCUGAGCAGAGACAACGUCAUCUGUCUGUGGAAGACCGCUCGACUGUUUCACCUUUCACGACUCGAGGAUCAGUGCACAGAGUACAUGGCCAAGAUCAUCGAGCAGCUGGUCCUCGAGCCUGAAUUUGCUGAGCUGAUCCAAGAAGAUGCGGCCAGUGUGAAGGGGAGACACGAGACUGACUCUGUCCCUCUAGUGGACGACAUCCGCUAUCACAUCUCCAGCAACGUGCAGACGUACAGCGCGAUAGAAGAGGCCAGCCAGAAACACGCGGCCCUUGAGCAGCUGCUGUGUGACCUUAAUAUUGAAUGUUGA